CGGGCUACUACGGGGGACUGUACCUGGGACCCGGAGCGCAGCUUACCGUACGCCUUGGCGUCGCGGUGAUUUCGGCAUCUAGUGAACCCCUACCUCGCCCUAGUACUUCGCGUGUUGAAAGAAGCCUAAAAAAGGAGGUCCGAAUCCCAAAGCUCUCUGUAAAUGCCCCGUCCUGCGCUUAGAGCGCAGAGACUGAAUUGGAGGGUUGUUCUCAGGCCACUUCCCAAGUCCUUCCCUCUGAGCCUGUGCACGUGUGUGUCAGGCGAGAAACUUCAGGAUCUCCCCCGAUGCAGGCUCGGUGUGCGCUCCUUCGGAACCCGGGCUCGUGCGCUCAGUCCGCAGCCCGGAUCAGUGCACAGGGUAGUAAAAAUCUUUAAUCGAUUGGACUACUUAAACCAUUGGAAUUUGGGGAGGAACUUCAGAUUUUUCGUUUUUAAAGACACACUAAAUGUAUGAGGAAUCGACAAAAUGGAGAACCAAAAGGAAAACCUCUUUUCUGAGCCACAUAAAAGGGGACUGGUGAAAAGCCCCCUGCAAGAGUCCUCGAAGGCCAACGUGGUACUGGCUGAGAUCCAGCCUGACCUGGGUCCUUUAACCACACCAACCAAGCCCAAGGAAGUCUCCCAAGGAGAGCCAUGGACACCCACAGCCAACCUGAAAAUGCUUAUCAGCGCGGUGAGCCCAGAGAUCCGAAGCCGAGAUCAGAAAAGGGGCCUGUCCGACAACCGCAGUGGAUUACCCGAAGCUAGAGACUGUUUGCAUGAACACUUAUCUGGAGAUGAAUUUGAGAAGUCCCAGCCAAGUCGGAAGGAGAAGAGCUUGGGGUUGCUAUGCCACAAAUUCUUAGCGAGGUACCCUAAGUACCCCAACCCCGCUGUGAAUAACGACAUCUGCCUGGACGAGGUGGCCGAGGAGCUCAAUGUCGAACGUCGGCGGAUUUAUGACAUCGUGAAUGUACUAGAGAGCCUGCACAUGGUGAGCCGCCUCGCCAAAAACAGGUACACUUGGCACGGCCGGCACAAUCUCACCAAAACCCUGGGGACGCUGAAGAGUGUCGGGGAAGAGAACAAGUACGCGGAGCAGAUCAUGAUGAUCAAAAGGAAAGAGCAUGAGCAAGAGUUCGACUUCAUUAAGAGCUGUGGCCUAGAGGACCACGUGAUCAAGGGGGACCACGUGAUCAAGUCAACCGCUGGCCAGAACGGGCACUCAGACAUGUGCUUCGUAGAGCUCCCUGGAGUGGAAUUUCGGGCAGCUUCUGCAAACAGCCGCAAAGACAAGUCCUUACGCGUGAUGAGCCAGAAGUUUGUGAUGCUGUUCUUGGUGUCGACGCCUCAGAUAGUAAGCCUGGAGAUCGCUGCCAAGAUCUUAAUUGGGGAGGACCACGUGGAAGAUCUGGAUAAAAGCAAGUUUAAAACAAAAAUUAGGAGGCUGUACGAUAUUGCUAAUGUUCUGAGUAGCUUGGAUCUUAUCAAGAAAGUUCAUGUUACAGAAGAACGAGGACGGAAGCCAGCUUUCAAAUGGACAGGCCCGGAAAUCAGCCCAAAUAACAGUGGCUCCAGCCCAGUCAUGCCUCUCACCGCCUCCUUAGAGGCUGAGCAGUCUGCAAAAGAGAACUGUGCCAAAAACCUCUUUUCUACACGGGGGAAACCCAGCUUUACUCGACACCCAUCUCUUAUCAAAUUGGUAAAGAGCAUAGAAAAUGAUCGGAGGAAGAUCAGUUCCGCUCCCAGCAGCCCUGUCAAGAGCAGCAAAGCUGAGAGUUCUCAAAAUUCUCCACCCGUCCCAAACAAAAUGGCCCAGCUCGCUGCUAUCUGCAAGAUGCAGUUGGAGGAGCAGUCAAGUGAACCCAGGAAGAGAGUAAAAGUCAACCUAACAAGAUCUGGGCACUACAAACCACUGGCUCCCCUGGACCCUGCAGUGAACACUGAGCUGGAACUGCUUGCUCCGUCCCUUAUCCAGCCCCUGGGCAUGGUCCCCCUGAUCCCUAGCCCAUUGUCAUCUGCAGUGCCUGUGAUCCUACCUCAGGCCCCUUCGGGCCCAUCCUAUGCCAUCUACUUGCAACCUGCCCAAGCCCAAAUGUUGACACCACCCCAUGGCCUGAGCCCAACAGUCUGCCCCACCCAGUCCUCUAAUGCUACCGGAUCCAAAGACCCUACAGACGCCCCCACUGAGAAGACGGCCACGGAUGCCACAAAGUCCAGUGCCUCCUGCAGACCCGGAAGCUUGCAGCCAGCACCAGAAAGGCAAGGUGCUAAGAAUCGAAGCAAGGAGACGACCGGAGAUCGAGGCACGAAGAGGACGGGCGCCUUGGAGGACGGUGGUCCCGGUCCCAUAAAGAAACCUAAAGAGGACCUGAAGGCGCUUGAGAAUGUCCCCACCCCCACGACCCUGUUCCCAUCAGGAUACCUAAUCCCUCUUACCCAGUGCCCAUCCCUGGGGCCAGACCCUAUGUUGUCUAACACAGAAAACUCAGGUACACUUUCCCCAAACCACAGGAUCUACGGCUCCCCAAUUGCAGGUGUGAUCCCAGUGGCGUCGUCUGAACUCACUGCUGUGAAUUUUCCCCCAUUCCAUGUGACACCGCUGAAACUUAUGGUCUCCCCGACGUCUAUGGCAGCCGUACCUGUUGGGAACAGCCCGGCUCUCAGCUCCAGCCACCCUGCUCCCACCCAGAACCCAAGCUCAGCCAUUGUAAACUUUACACUGCAGCACUUGGGACUCAUCUCCCCCGGCGUGCAGAUGUCUGCCAGCCCCGGGCCUGGAGCUGGCACAGUCCCUCUGUCCCCACGUGUAGAAGCAGCUAGCGUCAUACCAGAUAACUUGAGCUCUCGGCAAGGGAGGGCCACCAUCCAUGACUCUCCAGUCCUGGGCCAAAGCCAACUAAAUGGACAACCAGUUGCUGGGACAGGGGCACAGCAGCCUGUUCCUGUGACGCCCAAAGGCUCCCAGUUGGUGGCUGAAAGUUUCUUCCGUACUCCAGGUGGACCAACCAAGCCCACCAGCUCAUCUUUCAUGGAUUUCGAUGGUGCUAACAAAACCUCCUUUGGAACCCUCUUUGUCCCACAGCGCAAACUGGAAGUCUCAACUGAGGAUGUCCAUUGAUUGACAGAUGGUGGUUUAAUUUAAUUCUCUAAAGAGCUAUUUAAUGAGACGAUAUACACAUACGAAUUGAGAGAGAACACCACCUUUAAAAAUACUGUAAAUACUUGGGGUUUUACUCAAUAUCACAGCAGAUAUUUGUCAUGCUUACACACAUGCACACAUACACACACACACACACACACACACACACAUGCAUACAUACAUACUCACACAUUUGUACAAGGCCAAAUUCAGCCUUCAGUACUAUAAAAUAAGAUGUUGAACUAAGGUACAUUAACUUCUGGGGGUGGGCGGGUUCAUUUUUUUCACCUGUGCCUCUAUUAUUAUGCAAAGUAACUUUACUAAAGUUUACUUCCCUCUCAGCAAAUGUUUGAGUUACCGAACACAGCACCUGCUCAAACUCUUUGCACAAAGGAAAUGCUGUGUGAUGUAUAAUGUAUUUUUACACAGGGAGGCGAUAGCUAUUUUUUUUUGUAAUUUCUUUAAUCCUUUGCUGUUUCAGUCUGUCUUUUUGUAGAGUUUACAGUCCUCAAUCAAGUCUAUGGAAAAAAUUAUUUAUAAAAUGUAUUUUUAAUCAUAAGUUGUUGAAAUUAAAACUCUUCUAAAAUGUAGUUAACACUUUCGUUUGGCCACAUAGGGCACUCACUGUCGAGAGAAACUGAUAACUUAUCUAACCUCAGAGGCCGGUUCUUGGGAAUGACUUCCUUGGACACCCGGUCACAGGAAGGUUUCUUCUGUACUCCAACCCCUUCCCCUGCCACAAUCCAGAGCAUUGCUAGGAUAGUGAAUGACGGUGUAGAGAGGCUAAGAGAACUGGUGAAAGACAGGAGGAGCUAAGGUAGUCCCCGUCUCUGCCCAGCACCCAUCCCAGACCUGCUAUGCAGAGGAGAGGGGCAGCCACUGUCCCAUAUCUUCUCUAUGGUCCAGCUCCAGAGAAGGAAUUGCAGUAAGGAUUCUCUCCUCUUGGCAGAGAACCAACACAUACUACACCCCAGUGAGCUCUAGAGAAAGAGUAAGCUAUGGCGUGCUCAAGGUGCAUCUUGACCCCUUAAAGGACAGGCCACAUGCUGAGAAGACAAGAGCCGCCUUUUGUGACCCCAGUCUUUCAGGAACAUCAUAUCUGUUUCCUAUGUGCUAAUGUUGGGAACUACAGACAUUUGAAUUGCGUGUUACCGAGCCCAGAUCACAAGGCCACUGAGGUAGAAUUUAAGGCAACAAGUCUACAGUCUUUGCCAGGACUCAACCUUCCCAUCCAACUCAGUGAAACUGAACAGCUAUGGGAGGCUCUGCACUGUUCUGGACAUUCACAGGGUCACCUAUCUUUAAAGAUGCAUUCUGUAUGGCCAAGCCCAGGUAAGAUGACAGAUUUUCCUGUUGGUCUAGAGAGGUAGCCCAUUGUAGACAGGUUGGAAGCCAAUGUUCUGCUCUGAUUUUGUUAUCCUCCAUGUGAAGAAACUCCCUGGAAAAGCCAGAUGCCCCUCUUUCCUAAGAGUUAUGUUAGCUAUCGAGACAGCUCGGGGCAGAAUCUCUCAGCUGUAUCCCAGAAUUCCGAGACUUCCCCCUCGAUCACUGCCUCCUGGGCUCUGCACCCUUCUCCUUGAGUGUGGGUAGGCCCUGUGCCUUGCUCCCGAUCAAGAAACCAUUAAAUGAAUGGGGUGUGUAUA